AUGUUAUCAUUACUUGAAGUGAAAAGCAAAUUCGGCGCCGAAUUCCGUCGGUUUGAACUCGAUCGAAAAAAUCCAAUCAAAUUCGACGAUUUUCAACAUUUAAUUGAAGAACUACAUCAUCUUCAAAGCAUUUCAUUUCACAUCACUUAUCUUGACAAAGAUGGUGAACUUCUUUCUAUCAACAACUAUUCGAUCAUCGAGCACAUUCUACGCGUUACAACAGGUCUACUGAGAAUAUUCAUACAACGAAAAGGUGAAACGUACCAAUAUACAACGGAUUCUUUACGAAAACGGAAGAAAAUUGCCGAUCAGAUCUCGUCACUCAUUCAUCCAUCAUCAGAUAAAACGAAUGCUUCUCCACAACGCAACAUCGAAUUAAAACCCGACUUUCGCCUUGUUUCAUCGAUAAUUGAUGUCGAAAUUUUACCAGUUUCUUAUCGUCGCGUCAAAUUACAUCGAUACACAGAAAGUAAACCAUUAGGUUUCUACAUACGCGACGGCGUCGCAAUUAAAUACGGACCGAACGGUGUGGAGAAUGUUCCCGGUGUUUUCAUUUCACGUCUACUUGCUGGUGGUUUAGCUGAAUCUACAGGCUUACUGUCCGUUGGUGAUGAAAUCAUCGAGGUGAACGGCAUUGAAGUCAGCGGAAAGACGCUGGAUCAAGUAACGGAUAUGAUGGUUGCAAACAGUCAAAACUUAAUCAUUACUGUACGACCGCAAAAUGAUACAUUCAAUUUGAAACGUACGGCAUCAUCAUCAACAAGUCCAAUGUCAUCGGUGAGACAAAAUCCUAAUGAAUCUCAAAUGAGCGAUGAUGAAAUUGGUGAUCAUCAUCAACAAAAGACACCUUCUGUGUUGAAAUUGUGA